UGUAUGAACAUCUUGUACUGCGGUACCGGAGGAGCAUAUAAAAGUUUCUGGACAGCUUUUUUAAGGAAUACGUCUAGACAACAACCAUCGAGUCCGAAGUUACGUACCGUACUAAUUGGCUGCAUGGCAGAGCUCGAAUGGGGUUUCGAUCCUACCAUACACCCAGCCUGUAUCUAUGAGGCACAGGAAUUACCGAACAAAAAUGGGGACACCGGUUGCCAAGUUGGGAAUCAAACCACCACACCAACGAUGCCAACUAGCCUACUGCCAUCGCAGCCACAGUCUAUAUCGGAUACUCCCUCUGCAAACAGAUUACAAUUGACGAAGAGAUCUGUGUGCAGCUCCUGUUGGAAGUGCGAACGAGAGAAAGAGAAAUUCUGGGGUUUCGACAGCACAGUACACUCUCAAUCACCGCACAGAACAAAAUCUCCCAACUCCUCGGUAGCGGGGGCGCAAUCGGGGCAGAUACGGAGGGUUUAUGUGGGUGGCAUCAGGUACACAUGGUGCAGGGAAUGCAUCCACAGUAUGCGGUGAAUUGAGAUCCGAAUUUGGAGGAGGUGCUGUUCUGGACUGCUCUUGGGACGUGGUGUCGAACGCGGCGGGCGGAGAUGUAGCGGACUCUUCGGAACGCUAGGGCGGUGUUAUUACGGCAGCCAUUAAAAUCGUUUUUGCCCGAUGGCCGCUAUUAACCGCCGUAUGUGUUGAGGCUGGUGGCAAUAGGGCGGGUGGAUGAACUCGAUACACAUCUAGCGGAACGGAAGUGCGCAGGCAGCGAUGGCGUAGCAUGAGGAAGAAGCACAUGGGUCUCUUUUCUAAAUCUGUGCAUGGGGCGAAUGGUAUCAAAGCUGAUUCUUAGGGAAGCGCAAUAUAUUUUGGACGCCAUUUCUUUCCAUCGCGGCGCCUGUCAGCGGGCCCGCGGCAGUCUUUCCCCAUGUUAUGUGGUUCAUGC